AUGGGCGAAGUGGCGACCAUCCUCGGCUGCAGGAGGGCAAUAAGCGGGGCAGUAGACGCGGGCGAGGUGAGCGAGACGGGUGACGUACGACACAAGAGCGAGGGUGAGGGCAAAACGAACGAGGGAGAGGACAAGACGGGCGAGAGCAAGAUGGGCGAGGGCGGGACGGGUGAGAGAGAGGCGGGCGAGAGAGAGGUGGGCGAGGUGGGUGAGACAGGUGGGACGAGCGCAUGCAAGAUGGGCGAGAUCUGGGGUGACGCGAGCGAGGUGGGCGACACAGGCGAGAUGGACGAGGGCCCAGGGGGUUGA